GUAAAACGUUAAGUUUAUUUUCGUAACCGUUAGGUUCGAUAACCUUAAGGGAAAAUAGAGAGAGAGAGAAAUUACUCGAUAAGAAUGAACUGGAAGGAUUUUUAGUAAAGAUGUGGAUGAAGCAAACCAAUCGACUGACAACCAAUCAACAACAGAAACCAUCGUACGAAACGAACCAAUGUCAGUUGACAACCUUAAAAGAGGAAAAUGGCGGCCGAGACAUCAUCCAAGGAAGAAACGAAUAACGAAGAAAACGAUGAGAUCAGCUGUCCCGAAAAUAAUCUAACGUCGCUUCAUCAGGCACUUCUUCAUGUAAUAAACUGUAUUAAUAAUGAAAGCUUUGAAGAGAAAGUAUCUCAUCUGAUAACGUUAUGGAAGUGUUUAGCCAAAUUUUCCAAUUAUUUACAAGAAAUUUCAGAACUGUAUCAGUUUGUCCUAAAGGAAAGUUCCUUAGUAAUCCUUUCAAGUCAGUGGUCCAAAAUAAAUAUAUCUAUGAAAAGAACAAUGGCAAAAAUGUUAAUUUAUGGCAGCCAUAUUCUAGGUCCUCGUAUCAAAGGAAGUGCACGCACGUGUGCUGCUUUAAUAAUGGCUAUUUAUGAUCCUUGGAAUGAACCAAUAUUAAAGAAAGCACUUUCUGACGAUAAUUUUCUUGAGGAGUUAGCUUGUAAGUAUAUUAUUUUUUAUUACAUAUAA